UCAGUGGGAAAGAUUCAAAGAAGCCCUCAAGGGUCGGACAGAACAAGCCUCGUACGAUCUCCAGAUGUUGAAGCUUCUGCUUUCGGAUCGUAGAAGAUUAGCUUACUCCUACAAGCUUCAAUCUUCCGCCUUCAGAUCGUUCUCUCACUCUCCAUGUCCGUCAUCGCUCGCCUCGUUGUCGUCUUCGUCGGCUACUUCGGAUUUGGUUGAAGCAAUACUGAACUGCAGAUCGGCGGAAGAAGCGGUCAAGCUGUUCGAAUCGUCUUCAGGACCAGUUAGUUCGAAGACGAAGGAUCUUCGACCUUUCUCGGCGACAGUUCACCUCCUUACCAGUGCCCAGAAGUAUGCGCAGGCAAGGUGUUUGAUAAAAAGCCUCAUACAAGGUCUCUGCCGCAACAGCAAGCCGACCAAUGUCGGAUACAAGGUCUUCAAUGCUCUCAAGAAUGUAGAAAGCCCUAGAUUCAGUAAUGGGGUGUUUAAUCUCUUGGUCAUGGAGCUUCUCGAGAUGGGGUUGUUCGAGGAAGCACUCUCGGUGAUCCGAAAGAUGAGAUGUUCGCCUGAUUUGAAAACUUGCCAUGCGAUUUUGAAUGGCUUGGUUAAAAGGAAACAGUUUCAUUCCGUUUGGGAAGUCUAUCAACAUAUGAUCUCCCAUGGGUUGGUCCCUGAUGCGCACAUUUACUCGGUCCUGUUUGACUGUUGUUCGAAACAAGGCUAUAGUUCUAGGAAGGAGAAACUUCUCAAAGGCAUGGCAACCAGAGGAAUCCAGCCGAAUGUUGUUAUAUAUACUUUGCUUAUCCGUGACUUGUGCAAGAAAGAAAAAAUGGAGGAGGCCGAGAAAAUGUUCCAACUGAUGAAGGAGCAUGGCAUUCUUCCGAACUUGUAUACUUAUGGCACUAUGAUCAACGGCUACUGCAAGGCCUCUCAACUUAGACCAGCGUAUGCAUUGUAUAAGGAGAUUCCGGUUUCUGGGUUGCUGCCAAAUGUUUUCGUGCUUGGCAUAUUGGUCGAUGGGUUUUGCAAAGUUCACGAAUUAACAAAUGCAAGGAGCCUUUUCGUGCAUAUGGUCAAGUUUGGGGUUGAUCCUAAUUUAUUUGUUUAUAACAGUCUGAUAAAUGGAUAUUGUGGAUUGGGAAACAUGUCUGAAGCAUUGGGAUUGUGUUCAGAGAUGAAAAGUUUGAAACUUUCACCUGAUGUGGUCACUUAUAGUAUACUUAUUAAGGGCCUUCUUAGUCAAGACCAGUUAGAGGAAGCGCACGGGUUAUUUCAGACGAUGAAGGAUGAGAAAAUUGUUCCUAAUUCAGUGACUUACAAUUCACUGAUUCAUGGGCAUUGCAAAGAAGGCAAUAUGGAAAAAGCAUUGGAGUUAUCUUCAGAGAUGACGGCAUUUGGUAUAGAACCUAACAUCAUAACUUUUUCUACUUUGAUCGAUGGUUACUGCAAAGCAUGCAACAUGAAAGCUGCCAUGGGCUUGUAUUCCGAAAUGAUCAUCAAAGGCAUAGCUCCCGAUGUUGUGACUUACACAGCUUUGAUUGAUGGGCAUUUCAAAGAUGCCAACAUGAAAGAAGCAAUCCGGCUGUACAACGAAAUGCUAGAGACUGGAAUCUGCCCCAACAGUUACACUUUUGCUUGCCUGGUAGAUGGGUUAUGGAAAGAAGGGCAACUUUCCAAAGCCACUGAUUUCAUCUUGGCAUUCAGAGAAGACAAUUCAGAGAAAACCAACCCUCGAAGUGGCCUCUCGAAUCAUGUGGCUUAUACAAGUUUGAUUCAUGGAUUGUGUCAGAACGGCUAUAUUCUUAGAGCUACCAGGUUCUUCUCAGACAUGAGAUCGGUGGGUCUAAACCCAGAUGUUAGCAGUUAUGUUUCAAUGGUAAAGGGCCAUCUCAAAGAAAAGCGCAUCACUGAUGUGAUGAUGCUGCACUGUGACAUGAUCAAAACUGGGAUGUUACCAAACCUUGUGGUGAGUCAAUUACUUGCCAGGGGUUACCAAGAGAACAGUUAUCUAAGAUCAGCAUGGUUGUGUGCAAAUGAUACAAGUCCCAUUCUUGAAGGAUCCAAAGUAUUAAAAAACCGAGUUUGAGCUCAGUGAAUCAACAAUGGCAGAUU